ACCCUCAGCCCCCUGCAGAGUUGUGUUUUCUGGAAAUCGGCAAGUUAGAUCACAAGUGGUCUUUUCUUUUUUCAUUCUCUCCCAUAAAGAAAGCUUUAUCACGUGUGGCCUUAAACUUGCAGCAAAUUGCAAAGCAAUGGCUCAAAGGCUUCAGCUCUCUCUGUGCCCUGAGAGCUGAGAUGCACGUCAGUGGCUUUGCCAGCGUGGCAAGUUCUCUUCAGGCUGCCAGAAAAAAGAGGCCAGGAGAGAAGAGGAAGAGAAGGGAUUGCCCAGGGGUGAGACCAGGCCCUUCAUCUUUUCUUUCUCCUAACCCACUGUCUCUGUGCAUCCACAUACUCCCCUCCUGGCAAAACUGUUCCAAGAAUUUCCCCUCUGUGCUUCAGUCCAUGGAGUGUGGUCCAGCUUCUCCCUGAGCUCACUGAGAGGAACUGGCUGUCUCUGAUCUCUACCUCCAGAUUGGAGUCAAGGAACAUUUUCAUAAUGGACACUUUAUCCAAAGAAAAUAUCCAGCUAAUCUGCAAAAAUUCAGUGCAACCAGUUGGGAGGCCUUCCUAUAAAACAGAAUAUUCCUCCUCAGAGGAAAAACCCCCCUGCUGUGCUGAACUCAAGGUGUUCUUGGGUGCCUUGUCAUUUGUUUACUUUGCCAAAGCACUGGCAGGCGGCUAUCUGAAGAGCACCAUCACUCAGAUAGAGAGGAGGUUUGAUAUUCCUUCUUCACUGCUGGGAGUUAUUGAUGGGAGUUUCGAAAUUGGGAAUCUCUUAGUUAUAACAUGUGUUAGCUACUUUGGAGCCAGACUUCAUAGACCAAAAAUAAUUGGAGCAGGGUGCCUCAUCAUGGGGGUCGGAACUUUGCUCAUCGCAAUGCCUCAGUUCAUCAUGGAGCAGUACAGGUAUGAAAGGCAUUCUCCUUUCUCCAAUUCCACUCUGAGCAUUUCUCCAUGUCUCCUAGAGUCAAACAGUCAAAGACCAACCUCAGUUAUGGAAAAACCACAAUCCAAAAUAAGUAAUGAAUGUGAAAUUGAUGCCAGUUCAUCCAUGUGGAUUUAUGUUUUCCUGGGGAACCUUCUGCGUGGAAUUGGAGAAACUCCCAUACAGCCUCUAGGCAUUGCCUACCUUGAUGAUUUUGCCAGUGAAGAAAAUGCAGCUUUCUAUAUUGGGUGUGUGCAGACGGUUGCAAUUAUCGGACCAAUCUUUGGUUUCCUCUUGGGCUCAUUAUGUGCCAAACUGUAUGUUGACAUUGGCUUUGUAAAUCUUGAUCACAUAACCAUUACCCCAAAGGAUCCUCAGUGGGUAGGUGCCUGGUGGCUUGGUUAUCUAAUAGCAGGAAUCAUAAGUCUUCUGGCUGCUGUGCCUUUCUGGUGUUUACCAAAGAGUCUACCAAGACCAGGAAGGAGAAAGGAUUCCAAUUCCUCCUGUGAGAAAUCCAAGUUUAUUAUGGAUGAACAUACUAACUACCAAACACCCCAUGGAGAAAAGACAAAAAUAAUAGAGAUGGCAAAAGAUUUCCUUCCAUCCCUGAAAAACCUUUUUGGAAAUCCAGUGUACUUCCUGUAUUUGUGUGCAAGCACUGUUCAGUUUAAUUCUCUAUUUGGCAUGGUGACAUAUAAACCCAAGUACAUUGAGCAACAGUAUGGGCAAUCAUCUUCGAAGGCCAACUUUGUCAUUGGGCUCAUCAACAUACCUGCAGUGGCCCUUGGAAUAUUCUCUGGGGCAAUAAUUAUGAAAAAAUUCCGAAUUGGUGUGUGUGGAGCUGCAAAACUCUACUUGGGAUCAUCUGUUUUUGGUUACCUCCUAUUCCUGUCCCUGUUUGCACUGGGCUGUGAAAAUUAUGAUGUGGCAGGACUAACUGUCUCCUAUGAAGGAACCAAACCUGUCUCUUAUCAUGAACGAGCUCUCUUUUCAGAUUGCAACUCAAGAUGCAAAUGUUCAGACACAAAAUGGGAACCUAUGUGUGGUGAGAAUGGAAUCACAUAUGCAUCGGCUUGUCUUGCUGGUUGUCAAAUCUCCACCAGGAGUGGAAAAACUACUGUAUUUUAUAAUUGCACCUGUGUGGGAAUUGCAGCAUCUAAAUCAGGAAAUUCCUCAGGCAUGGUGGGCAGAUGUCAGAAAGAUAAUGGAUGUUCAAAAAUGUUUCUAUAUUUCCUUGUAAUUUCAGUCAUCACGUCCUAUACUUUAUCCCUAGGUGGCAUACCUGGAUACAUAUUGCUUCUCAGGUGCAUUAAGCCACAACUUAAGUCUUUUGCUCUGGGUAUCUACACAUUAGCAGUGAGAGUUCUUGCGGGAAUUCCAGCACCUGUAUAUUUUGGAGUUCUGAUUGACACUUCAUGCCUCAAAUGGGGAUUUAAAAGAUGUGGAAGUAGAGGAUCCUGCCGGCUCUAUGAUUCAAAUGCUUUUAGACACAUCUAUCUGGGACUAACUAUGAUACUCGGCACAGUGUCCAUUUUCCUAAGUAUUAUGGUACUUCUCACUUUAAAGAAAAAGUAUGUUUCAAAACAUAGAGGUUUCAGAACCAAGAAAGAAAGAACAGUGGUACCUACAAGAAUCAAGAAGGAAAACUAUACUACAAGCAAACAUUUGCUACAACCUAACUACUGGCCAGGAAAGGAAACACGGAUUUAGAAAAAUGAGUUAGAGUCAUGUUUUCUCAUUUCUGAAAAUUCUGAAAAUAAAUUUUAAUUA